GGGGCAGAAGAAAAUACGCUACGGGCAAUAAUAUUAGGUUUAUCAUGUAGCGUAGGCUACUACGUAAUGCCCAUUUAAUUACCAAUAUUUAGGAUUUUAAGGGGUAGACUACAGAAAACAGCAGUGGGGUGUGUGUUUUAACUACAACGUUCAGCAGUUCGUGCACCGGAAUCUGUGUAACUUCACCUACUACUUUAUCAAAACAAGGGGAAGUUAACCUUUUAUUAAAACAGUGCCACGUUAUGCAAGUGGCAGGAAAAAAAUACACAACUUCAAUCCUAAACUGACGGUCUCUUUGAAAGUAUGGCAUCUGCAGGCUCUGCCCUCAAGGUCCACGCAGUACGCUUUGGGCCGGGACAGGAGCUGCUGUGCUCCCUGCUGGCAUUCGUGGAGGAGAGAAACCUUAAAGCGCCAUUCAUCAUCACCUGCGUGGGCAGCGUAACCAAGGCAACACUCCGGCUGGCAAACGCCACUGCAGGGAAUACCAAUGAGGUGAUCCAUCUUGACGAGCACUUUGAGAUCGUGUCCCUGGUGGGCACGUUGAACAAGGAGGCUCACCUCCACAUCUGCCUGGCCGACAAGGAGGGGAAGACAUUGGGAGGACAUGUACUGGGAGACCUGGAGGUGUUCACCACGGCUGAGGUGGUCAUCGGUGAGGCCUCUGAUCUGCUGUUUGACAGACAGAUGGACCAUCGCACAGGCUUCCCUGAGCUGGUCAUCCAAUCCCGCUCUGAAAAGAACUAGACGAAGGAGGAGGCCUUUAUUCUCCUAUACUCACCUCCAUAUUUAUUUGGACAGUGAAGCAUUUUUAAAAUUAUUUCUCUGUAAUCCAGAAUUUUGGAUUUAUGAUCAAAUGUUUCCUAUGAGGCGACAGUACAGAAUGUCACCUUUCUGUUUUACUGUUAAGAUAUGAAAACACUUCAUGUAUCAAGUUUCCCCAUUUUAAAGAAGUCAUAAGUAUUUGGACAAAUUCACUUAUAGGGUAUUGAAGUGGUCUGAAGUUUAGCAUUUGGUCCUAUAUUCCUAGUACACAAUGAUUACAUCAAUCUGGUGACCCUACAAACUCGAUGGAUGCAUUUGCAGUUGGUUUUGGUUGCGUUUUGCCCAAUAGGAACUGAAUGGUGAAUGAUGUCUGGAGUAGUUAUCUAUUCUAAGUGAAUAGAUAAGAUGUUUCUCAACACUUCUAAAUGAAUCCUGUAAAUGCCACGAUUAAGAACAAUCAGGAGAGAACCAGGAAUAAUGACGAUCGAGAAGGUUACAGAGGCUACAACAAAACAUGCUAACCUCUCACCAUUACCAAUAGCAGGUUAGCAUUUUCAUUUAUUAAACUUCUGUAGCGCUUUUCAUAGAAUCUCAAAGUGCUUCAAGUAAUAUGAAACAUUUGAUCUCAAAUCCAAAAUGCUGGAGUGUAGAGCCCCCCCCCCCCCAAAAAAAAUGCUUCACGCACUAAAUUCAUAUGGAUGGGAGUGUUUGGAUGUCUAAUAGAAAUUAUCUUCUCCUCUAGCAGUUUAAUAUAAAUAGAUUGUAAUGAGAUUUAAUUCAUUCUGCUUGUGUACAAUGGCAGUGUAACACUUUAUACCAGAUAUUUGGAGACAGCUUUGUCUUUGUCGUUUACUACACUCUUAUUACGCUUUUGUAAUGUAGUAUAUAUACUAUGUUCACCAAGACCAGCCUUAAUACAGCACAUCUCCCUAAUCUAA